AUGGACCUCACGUCCCGAGUUGCGCAUCGUUCGAAGUAUAUAACGCGGUGGCGGCCUGGGACACCCACACUCGACCUCGAGGACUCUGCAAACCACCCCACACAAGCAGACAUGAACACCAAGUUUGUAGUAUUCAUCAGCGCGUUGUGCGCGGCGAGUGCCAGCCCAAGUGUGGUGCCGGUAGCGCCCGCGAUACGCGUAGACCCUCUGCCCCAAUACUCCUAUGGGUACGAUGUCCAGGACUCCCUCACUGGCGACUACAAGGGCCACCAAGAGCACCGCAACGGGGACUUGGUUACUGGCUCUUACACAGUCGUUGACCCCGACGGCACGAGGAGGAUUGUGGAUUACGCUGCUGAUCCGAUCAAUGGGUUCAACGCUGUUGUGCGCCGGGAGCCGCUCGUAGCUAAAGUAGUGGCUCCAGCUCCAAUUGUUCCGGCGCCUCUGGCUGCCCCUGUCAUCCCCCGUGCCCCAGUUUUUGCCCCAGCGCCCGCGCCCCUUUUUGCCCCUGCCCCUGCACCUUUUGUCGUAUUCAGUUGCCUGGUCGCUGCCGCUAGCGCCGGCCUCCUGCCUGCAGCCCCCGUCGCCUACUCGUCUCCGGUCGCCUACGCCGCGCCUGUGGCUAAAUACGCCGCUCCCGUGGCGUAUGUCGCCGCCCCCGUCACCAAAGUUGUAGAGGCGUACGACUCCCACCCACAAUACACCUUCGCGUACGACGUGCAGGACGGCCACACUGGCGACUCCAAGAGCCAGCACGAGACCCGCGACGGUGAUGUUGUCAAGGGCUCUUACUCCGUGGUUGAACCUGACGGUACUAAGCGCACUGUUGAGUACACCGCUGAUCCCCACAACGGUUUCAACGCUGUGGUGCACAGGGAACCUCUCGCUGUGAAGGUCGCCGCUCCCGUCGCAUACGCCGCCCCUGUCGCCAAGGUCGCCUACUCCGCCCCUGUUGCCAAGGUUGCCUACUCCGCCCCCGUCGCCUACUCCGCUCCCGUCGCCUACUCCGCUCCCGUCGCCUACUCCGCCCCCGUGGCUAAGUUCGCCGCGCCGGUGGCUUACGCCGCUGCUCCCGUUGUCCACUCCGCCCCUGUCGCCUACUCUUCACCCAUUUACCACCACUAAGUCAUUAAAUUAAGAAUAAAUUAAUAAAAGCAAACUUGGAUGCCAUAAUGUAAAUAAAUUAUUUGUAAACACUACAUGUUUUUUUUUAUAAUAAAAACUGUGUGAGUUUCGUGGAACACUCGGUUGGAACGAAGUUAA